AAUUUGUAUUAAAAGUAGUACAAAUUUCAAAAUUCAAUUUGGACUAUUUUUUUUUGGGACGGAGGGAGUAUUAUUUAAAAUUAGGACUAGAGGAGUAGUAUUAUUAUUAUUUUUUUAAAGAUAGUUUCUUUUCCGACGAAUGACGUUAGAAACAUUCUUUGGAAUUUGGAUACUGCUGACACAAAUGGAACUGCAAAAUCGCAAGUUUGCUCUCGAAAUACAGAGGAUCAUCAGAGAAAACCACUGGAUUUGGGUCAAUAAUUAAGUACUGUCAGCCUAUGGUCCCCUCAGAGAUCCUGGAGGACCUGGGAAUUUGAAAGUCAGCAUUUGAGGUCUGACUUUGAAGUGGAAGUGGAACUGAUUGUUAAAGUAAACCGAACAUUUGAUUUUUAUUUUAUUUUUCAGUUCUUACUCCACUCGGUAAUAAGAUUUUCUCCCUCCCUUUCUUUGACUUAAAAAUGCAGUUCCAUAUACAUCUCCAGCUGCACAAACAAUUAUUGAAAAAUGCUUUGUUGAGAUUCGAGGAGCGUGAAAAUGGUGUUAUCACAUGUUCUUUCAGACACUUUUGUAGACUUUUUUCCGUAACUCAGCAAUGGAGAUGCUGCCCUGCUGCUCUUUCACCUUCUCCAUUUUCUUCAGUUACUUCCAUUCGUAAAAGUUGCCUUUCUUUCUAACAAAAUCAGCUCUAGAAUCAAGUUCGACCCAGAAUUGUAACCAUGAACCACGCCAUUCUCUAACCAACAAAAAUAUAGAAAACAUAUAAAAUAAAAUCAAGGCCAUUAUUCAUGAAACUCUGCAGGACCCUUUUGUUCUCUUGUUCUUAUAACAAGAAGGCAUUGGCGUUUGGAUUAUGGUUGAUAUGGCUUUUUGGGAUUUUCUUCAUAUGUGCUUCUUUUUAUGCCACUCAGAUGUUGUCAUUUUCCACCAAAGACAAUUUCAAGAAACCUAGAUUUUUUGGUCAUGGAGUUACGUAUUCCAUUGAUCCCACAGUCACCAUAUUCACAGCACCAAAAGGUUUUGUCGGUUCAGUUGGAGAAAGGCAGGAAGUGGCUGUUAGAUCAUGGCUUGGUUUGUCAUCAAGUAUCAAUGUGGUGCUUUUCAGCCAAGAUUCUUCUGCAGUCUCUUUCGCAUCGGCAUUUGGUUCAAGGGUUUCGGUUGAGUCCAACAUUGAUUUCUCGUUUUUAGGUAGCCCAUUCUUUCAUUCAAUGGUUGCGAGAUCUCAAGCCUCAGCAUCAGAUAUUUCUGUUAUGAUUGAUCCAGAAAUGGUUCUCUUUCCUGACUUCUUUUCCACAUUGAAAUAUGCUGGGAAACUUGAUCAUGAUUGGCUCCUUGUUGCUUCAUCCCCAAAUGUUACCCAUUUAUCAUUUAUGUGGGAUGCUGAUGGGAAGAAAGUCAAAUAUGAAAAGGGAUUUCUCGCUCGGAAAUUGCAGUGGGAACAUUGUGACAGAAGGAUGCUUCUGGCGUGGAAUAACGGAGAUGUUCCUCUACAUAAUGGUGUCAUCCCUCCUUUUUUGUAUGGGAAAGGAAUUCACAAUCAAUGGAUUGUAACAGAAGCUUUGUCUUCAGAUUAUAGGUUUGUAUUUGAUGUCAGUUGGACUGUGUCAAGUACCUUCGUGAGUGAUCCCAACCAGGAGUACUACCAGCUAAAAGAAGCUUCUACAGAUUCAGGCACUGAAAAGAUAAACUGGGAGUUCACAGGAAAUGUCCAUCUAGGGAAGCUUUAUGGCUCAUUUUCUUUUCGUGGAGCUAACUUUUCUAACUUGUUUAGAUUCUCUAAGUGUGAUGGACACUAUAUUUUCACAAAUAGAGAACAAGAUAUUGUUUAUCCGCUGGGAGGUCGCGUGUCAUUUAGUUUAAGGGAUCGUGCCAUUUCCACCACCAGGAAUGGAAAAAAGAUUCUGGACUGUGUUGAUGCCUUGAAGUCAGAUGAAGGGAUUGAAAAUUGUUCUGUAAAGGACCGAUUGCCCUGGUCAAGCUCAUUGUCACUCCCACACUCUUUUGAACAACUUCUUUCAAUGCGCGCAGACCUGAAUAGGACAAUUGUGCUAGCUCUGGCUGGAUAUAGCUAUAAGGACUUGUUAAUGAGCUGGGUGUGCAGGCUAAGACGCCUCAAGGUUUCCAACUUUUUGGUUGGUGCUAUUGAUCACGAAAUCUAUGAAUUUUCUAUCCUGCAGGGACUUCCGGUUUUUGCCUAUGAAGCUGCUCCAACCAACAUCAGCUUUGAUGACUGUCAUUUCGGGACAGAAUGCUUUCAGAAAGUAACCAAGGUCAAGUCAAGAGUGGUGUUGCAGAUACUGAAGCUGGGCUAUAAUGUCCUCAUGAGCGAUGUUGAUGUGUAUUGGUUCAAAAAUCCACUGCCUUUCCUGAGCUCCUUUGGUCCUGCAAUUCUUGUGGCACAAUCUGAUGAGUUUAAAACAACAGGACCAAUCAACCUUCCCCGACGCCUUAAUUCUGGGUUCUAUUAUGUUAACUCGGACAGUCAGACUAUUGCAGCAUUGCAAAAAGUAGUGGAACAUGCAUUAGUAUCCAAUCUGUCGGAGCAGCCAAGCUUUUAUGAUGUAUUAUGCGGUGAAGGAGGAUCAUAUCGUAUUGGUGAUAACAGAUGCCUAGAACCUGAAACAAAUGUCAGUGUUCAAUUCUUGGAGAGAGACCUCUUUCCAAAUGGUGCAUACAAAGAUUUAUGGCUGGAAAAAAGUGUGAAAGAUGUGUGUAGGGAGAAGGGUUGUUUUGUCAUUCAUAACAACUGGAGUAGUGGUAGAAGGAAAAAAUUAGAACGCCAGGUAUCAUCAGGGCUUUGGGAGUAUGAUAUGAAUACAAGAAUGUGUGUACAGCAAUGGCACAAGAUAAGAUUGACAAGUUAUUUCUGAACAAGAUGUGUGUUUUCUUCGUACUUUUUCUGCAUAUGGUGUCAUUGAUUUUCACGAGGUGGAGAUUUCAAAGAGUGGUAUAUUCUUCGGACAAGAUAAAUUCUCUCAUAACUAGCUGUUGGAUUCAUCACUGAUGCCAUGUGAGAAAUGGUGAUAUAUAUACGAAAGCCGGCCAUGAAAAAGAAAAGAUACUGUCAGAUGGACAUACAUAGUUAACCAUAUUGAAACUGCUGAACCAGAUUGAAUCAUCCCAUCUGAUUGGGAAUAUAUUGCAACUUUUCAGAGUAGAGUGGGGUGUCGCCUCAGGUGGUUGGCAAUGCUGAAGAUAUGGGCUCGUUUGCUAGUAUUACUCAAGCGUUCUGAUUCUUCUGAAUGCGAAUCCAAGUGCAACAAUCAACUCGCAUUGACGAAUAUCAAAGUUACAUCAAACAAACAACUGAGAAAUACCUCUUUCCGGAUAGUUCAUCCAGGAGGCAAAUAUGAGGUAUAUCAGUAUCCAGUUCCUGCAUCCUAUUUCAUGGAAAAUUAUCCAGGGAUGGAGGUCACUAGGCCAGAUGUCUUCAAGUGUCCCUUUGGUGCUGUUAUUCCAGCAGAAAACUAUUUGUUUCCUGGCAACAAAUAUCUGUUGGUACCAUCCAAGACUCGCAAGAAACUGGAACGAAGAUACUUGCGCAAAACUCAAAUGAGACAACUUGAAGGAAGACAGGAGCCAAGCUUGGGCAUAGAAGAUGUUUCAGAUGUAGGCUCAGGUGUAUCAGAGGACACUGUUUGUUCCGCGAAUUACAUUUUUAUUGGCAAUGAAAAACGGUCUGAUUCUCUGCAAAAAAGAACCCGCCAAAAGAAACCAUUUGUACCUCCAGUCCAAAAACCAAGAAUACAGAAAGAAUGGGAGCCUGGUCUGCCAUCCAUCCGGGAAGUUUCUCCAUGAUUCUCUCUUUCUUUUGAAAUCUGUAGCUGUGAUGAAACUUGUGGUAUGUGAAAACCUUUUAUUAUAAUUACAGUAUUGUUACUUGUAGACCAAACACCAAAAUGUCCUUAGACUGUAGAUUAUUUAAAGGCUCCGAGUAGUUAAUUUUUCUCUCUUCAUUCUUUUGCUGAAUGCAUGUUAAUCCAAGGUCUGAGCUCAGAAAAAAUUAUGAAC